AUGACAUCCAAGGCAAAGGAUUCGCAGCCAGAAGUUAAGGAAGAGGAAAAGAAGGAAGAGAAGCCAGAGAAGAAGGAGAAGAAGACUGAAGAAAAGAAGGAAGAGAAGAAAGAAGAAAAGAAGGAAAAGAAGGAGAAGAAAUCCGACGCUAAGAAGGAGGAAAAGAAGGAAGAGAAGAAGGACGACAAGAAGGAAAAGAAGUCCGAGGCAAAGGAAGAGAAGAAAGAAGAAAAGAAGGAUGAUAAGAAGGAGAAGAAGGAGAAGAAAGAAAAGAAGGAAGAUAAGAAGGAAAAGGUCGAGGACAAGAAGGAAGAGAAGAAGGAGAAGAAGUCCGACGCUAAGAAGGAAGAAAAGAAGGAAGAGAAGAAGGACAAGAAAGAUAAGAAGGAGAAGAAGGAAAAGGCCCAGGAGAAGAAGGAAGAGAAAAAGGAAAAGAAAGAAAAGAAGGAGAAGCCUGAAAAGAAAGAGAAGAAGGAGAAACCAGCUAAGGAAUCAAAGAAGGUUUCCAAGAAAUCUGAAAAGAAAGAAAAGUCCGAAAAGAAGUCCAAAUACAACUUACGCGAGCUUAUUGCUGAAGCUAUUGCUGCCAACGCUACAGAAGAUAAGGCAUUUGUCAGUUACCAGAAGAUUGCCCAUUAUAUCUUCCAGUAUACAGACUUAAACAACUCAAAGAAGAUGGUUGGUACUAUGGUUAAGAAACAACUUCCAAAGCUUGUAGAAGAAAAGCUCUUACAGCAAAAGAGAGAGAGUUAUAAAUUCACAUCUGCUGGAGCCAAGAAGAUCAAACCAGAAAAGGUUCCAAAGCGCUCUGUUGUUCAUGAGGAUGCUAAGCCAGUUGAAGAGGUACCAAAGAAAGAUAAGUUGGUAUUUAUUACAGCCUCUGGACGUGUUUCAUACAAGAGAGAUCUCGAUUAA